GCGGUCCGUCAAACACUGAAGCGCGUCUGCAAAUGUCACGGCGUGUCCGGCAGCUGUAGCACGCAGACGUGCUGGCUACAGAUCACCGAGUUCCGACAGGUGGGCAACUACCUGAAGCGUAAAUACCACCGAGCCCAGCGCGUCGACUACAAGAACGGAGAACUGAAGCUGGGCAAUACUGGCCGCAUGGAGGAGCUACCGUCGCUCAACAAGCGCGAUCUGGUCUAUCUGGAGCCAUCGCCCGAUUAUUGCCGGACGAACAUCACCGAAGCAGGUUCGGUCGGCACCGUCGGCCGCCUCUGCUCCCGCCGCAAGGUCGACUCAGCCCACCGCUCCGAGCGCAAGUCCUGCAAGGUACUCUGUAAGAGCUGCGGCCUCAAGGUGCGAAAGCGGACAAUCGAACUGCUGACGUCAUGCAACUGCAAGUUCCAGUGGUGCUGCGACGUCAAGUGUGAGGAGUGUCGCGAGACGGUCGAAAAGCUGACGUGCAGCGUCAUCUAGCGGCGCCGCGCGACACCAUUUGUGUGACAACACCCCGGAUGUGCGACGAGAUCCCGAGAGUACCCGGAUGUGGAUAUGCGCGCGCGUUAAAAAACUUAUUACGGUUGUUAUACGGUGUGUAGCAAUCGCGUGUUUGUUUCUGCGUUCUCGCGAGUUCUCGCGGGACUUCGCGCGAAUAGCCGAUUAAUGCUAAUGCAAACGUGAUUGACAAUAGAUAGUCGUUACGUCACCGGAACUGCGUUGUACGUCAUCAUCCGCAAUGACGUCACGAAAGUACGUAAAAUUUCAAAUUUACACCUUCUCUGCACUCAUGGGGAAUAUAUAUAAAUGAGUUGAGAUGAGAGGUUCAGUCUAGUUAUGAGAUGACAUUAUUACAGUAUUAUGAUAGUGGGCUCGAUAUUACGUAUAUACAUAUAUAUAUAUAUAUAUAUGUAUAUACACGUAUAUAUAUAUGUAUAUAUAUAUAUAUAUUCAUAUUUGCUGUGUGUGUAAAUAUAUAUAUUUGACAUUGAUGUAUUGCUGAGCUGUGUCCGUAGAGUAAUGACUGGACGAUAAAACACGAGGUUUUAUAUAUAGACGCUGAAGAUGAUGACUAUUAACUACGACAAUUAUGACACCAUAGAAGGAUAAUCAGGAAGAAUUAAGACAUUUAUCAAGUGUGAUUGUUGUGCAGAGAAACAUGUAAUAAUUUGUAAAUAUCAUUCAUACGUUGUUAAUAAAAUUUUAAUUGUUGUAAACAAAUUUAAUUUUAA